UCUUGAAUUUUAAAUAUCCCCACCCCUCUGAACACUAACUCCCAGCCUCCAAAACUUCUGGCAGCCUUACUUCACAUGAAUCACUAACGCCCUUUACUUACGAUACUGGUGCUAUUGGCAGCAGCGACAGCGGGGAAGGCGGUAACAGUAAAGUUAGAUCACCAACCACUUUGCUAGUAAAAGUGAAAUCUACCCCCACAUUUGCGUCGUCAUAGCAUAGUGACAGCACCGGACUGUACCAGCGACUGGCGCUUCUCACUGCAACACGGACUACUUUUUGUUCGCCAGUGCAGAGAGCCAUCAACCCGACUAAGGCGACAGAGCUUAAGAUUCAACACACAGGAUCAUUUAUUCAGUACUACAGCUUACGACAAUCGUCUGCGUAGGAAAGCCGGUCAGUUAAUCAUGGGCCGGUGGCUAGAAAUUUCCUGCUUUCUCCUCUUCCUAUUUUAUUUUAGUUCUCAAGACUCAGUUUAUGGUAACAAGAUUGAUAUGACUGGCAUACAAAAUGCUAAAAAUAGUAGAAAAUUGGAUCUUGUAUUCCUCAUUCAUACCUCCAAUCAAAUCACUGACAGGUCAUUUGAGCUAGUUAAAACAUUUUUGAAAAAUCUACUGCGGGAUUCUGAUAUUGAUUCAGGUGAUCUUCGUGUGGGAAUAGCAUUCUACGGCCGUAACCCAAAUAUACUUUUCAAUUUGCCACAAUACAACACCAAGGCUGACCUGAUUGGAGCUAUUGAUGCCAUCCCCUCAAGCUACCGAUCAGAUGAAGCUAAUCUAGCUCGAGGUCUGAAAGUAGCCAAACAAAUAAUGUUGUCUUCAAGUAACGAUCAAAGGCCUGAUGUACCAAAUGCAGUGGUUGUAAUUACAGAUGGCACAUCUACAGUUGAUACAAACGAGAUUCAUAGUGCUGCUGUGGAUUUGAAGAGUAUUGCUUAUAUCUUUGGUGUUGCCAUUGGAAUAGGCACAUUUGGUGAAAUGGCCAGAAUAGUCACAGAGCCAGCGAAUGUAAACUAUUUUGGAAUUGUGGCCAUUGAACGUUUACAUGAGGUGGAGCCGCAACUAACUGAGCAAAUUAUGGCAUUGCAAGGAGAUGCUGCACCACUUGAUGUUCCAACUGAUGCAAAAGCAGACAUAGUAUUUCUUGUACAUAUGUCAAAGAAGUCAACAAAAGCUGAUCAAAAUCUUCUCAAAAUGUUUAUGAAGAAAUUACUUUCAUCAGCUGAUAUAGACUCUGGAGCUGUAAGAGUAGCGAUUGUAACAUAUAAUGUAAAUUCAAAAGUGGUUAGCAAUUUUGAUACGUACACUAGUAAAACUGAUGUUUUUAACGCUAUUGAUAACAUGAAUAGGUUUAAAGGUCCUAAGGCUAAUGCUGCAGCUGGUUUGAAGAUGGUUCUCAAUAAAAUAUCUAUCAACAAAAGUGGUGACCGCUCUAACGUCAAAAAUACUCUUAUUAUCGUUACUGACCAACAAUCAGUUAAGGUCCAAAAUUCAAAGAAAAAUGCUGAUAAAUUAAGAGGAAAAGAUACUGAAAUAUUUACUGUUGGUGUAGGAUUUGAUUCUUCAGCCGAGCUAAAUGAAGUAGCAAAUCAUCCUGCAGGUGUACAUGCACAAUUUGUUGAGGAUUAUUCCAAAAUAAAUGAAGCAAAUGAUCUACUACUUCAAAGUAUUCCAAGUCUUAUGAAGAAAACAGUGUCAAGAUCAACAAAUCGCCCUGCUCCAGUUGACAAUACAAUAUAUCAGACUUCUGAUGAACUGGAUCUUGUGUUUGCCAUUCACAUAUCAGAGAACGUUAAUGAUGUAGAAAUGAGAGAACUUAUGAAUUUCCUUAUAAAUAUGUUUGGCCGAGCAAACAUUGCUGCCGGCAAGGUUAGGGUUGGGGUAAUUACCUAUGGUGAGACAGAAUCAGUUAUAUUUGAUUUGAAUGAAUAUAAUGAUGCAACUGCAAUGGGUCAAGCCAUUUCUAGUACACUGACUGGAUCAAAGUCUAAUAAAGUAAAUGUAGCAAAUUUAUUGGAAUCAGUACGUACCAAAAUGUUCCAAGAUGCAAAAGGGGACCGUAAAGGAGUACCAGAUGCUUUGAUAAUAUUAACUGAUAAAAUAUCCAAUAUGGAAGUUGGUGAAAUACAAUUUCAGGCAGCUGAAACGCAGAAAAAAGGCAUAAGAGUUUUUACAGUGGGAAUCAAUCUUUCUGACAAGGCUGAAUUGGAAACAGUUGCAAGCAGACCUACUGACCAAAAUGUGUUUACCGUUACAUCCUACAGUGAACUACCAAGAACUGAGCAAGAGAUAGUCAACCAACUUAAUGUCUUUCAACCUGUUGCAACUGUCACAGUUACAAACAGAGAAUGUCAAUCAUUAAAAGCUGAUAUUAUAUUUGUUGUUGGAACAUCUUUGAAAGCUACAGCAUUAGAUUUCCAGCACUUGAUGAAUUUUAUGAAAGAAAUUUUGAAAUAUUUUGAGAUUGAUUCAGGUAAUGUGAGGAUAGGAUUAUUGAUGUAUUCUUCAAAACAACUUGUACGGUUUGAUUUAAAAAGCUUUCAAACAAAAGCUGCCAUAUACAGAUCAAUUAGUAAUGUAACUUUUGUACGAAGUGAGCCUUUUGUGUCGAAAGCUUUCAACAUUAUAAAAAAAAAGAUGUUUUCACUUGAAAAUGGAGACCGUCCAGAUGUAGAUAACAUUGUAAUUUUUCUAACUGAUAAAAUUUUCAAAAGAGGUAUGAAAAAGAUUCUUCAAAAGAAUAGAGGUACAAAAGCUACCAGUUAUAAUUUAUAUGCUGCUGGGCUUGGAAUUAAUGGAUUAAAGCAGAUUGCAAUAAAUACCACUAUCUUCAAAACUAAAAGUACUCAACAUUUGGGACAAAAUCUACCAAAUAUUAUCGCGUCAAUAUGCCCAGCCACAACACCGAGUGUUGUUACGAGACCAACUGGUCAUUGCAAUGCUGCUGAAGUAGAUAUUGUGUUCAUUCUGGAUUCUUCAACUAGCGUUACUGAUGUGAACUUCAAGAAAAUAUUAGCUUUUAUGAAAGACUUUCUAUUGGAUGCUAGUAUUGACUCGGGUAAUGUUCGAGUGGGGGCAGUGAUUUAUAGCACUGAUGUAGAGGUGCAGUUUCAUUUGAAUCGCUACAGUUCCAAGCGUGAUAUCCUCGAUGCUGUUGACAACAUUGCCUAUGUGUAUGGAAGCACAAAUACAUAUGGAGGUCUGCACACAGCCAGAACACAGAUGUUCACUGCAGAAAAUGGUGACAGAGCCGGUGUUCCUAACAUCAUUUUCCUCAUAACUGAUGGCGUUUCCAACGUCAAUGCUUUGCAAACGAUACCAGAAGCGGAGGCUAUUCGUGCAGAAAACAUCCAUAUUUACGCUAUAGGUAUAGGCCUUGCAGAAACUACAGAACUCGACAAAAUUGCAUCAUCUCCAGCAAGCGCUAACAGUUUCACUGUGGAAGAUUUUAAUGAGCUUCAAGGCUUAAAACACACGAUAUUUGAAUCUUACUGUCCCGUAAAGUCCACAGAAACGAUUGUCGAUCGAAAGCCACCCGGUCGUUGCAAUACUGCUGAAUCAGACAUUGUGUUCGUUCUGGAUUCUUCAACUAGCGUUACUGAUGCAAACUUCAAGAAAAUAUUAGCUUUCAUGAAAGAUUUUCUGUCGGAUGCUAGUAUUGACUCGGGUAAUGUUCGAGUGGGGGCAGUGAUUUAUAGCACUGAUGUAGAGGUGCAGUUUCAUUUGAAUCGCUACAGUUCCAAGCGUGAUAUCCUCGAUGCUGUUGACAACAUUGCCUAUGUGUAUGGAAGCACAAAUACAUAUGGAGGUCUGCACACAGCCAGAACACAGAUGUUCACUGCAGAAAAUGGUGACAGAGCCGGUGUUCCUAACAUCAUUUUCCUCAUAACUGAUGGCGUUUCCAACGUCAAUGCUUUGCAAACGAUACCAGAAGCGGAGGCUAUUCGUGCAGAAAACAUCCAUAUUUACGCUAUAGGUAUAGGCCUUGCAGAAACUACAGAACUCGACAAAAUUGCAUCAUCUCCAGCAAGCGCUAACAGUUUCACUGUGGAAGAUUUUAAUGAGCUUCAAGGCUUAAAACACACGAUAUUUGAAUCUUACUGUCCCGUAAAGUCCACAGAAACGAUUGUCGAUCGAAAGCCACCCGGUCGUUGCAAUACUGCUGAAUCAGACAUUGUGUUCGUUCUGGAUUCUUCAACUAGCGUUACUGAUGCAAACUAGAAAAUAUUAGCUUUCAUGAAAGAUUUUCUGUCGGAUGCUAGUAUUGACUCGGGUAAUGUUCGAGUGGGGGCAGUGAUUUAUAGCACUGAUGUAGAGGUGCAGUUUCAUUUGAAUCGCUACAGUUCCAAGCGUGAUAUCCUCGAUGCUGUUGACAACAUUGCCUAUGUGUAUGGAAGCACAAAUACAUAUGGAGGUCUGCACACAGCCAGAACACAGAUGUUCACUGCAGAAAAUGGUGACAGAGCCGGUGUUCCUAACAUCAUUUUCCUCAUAACUGAUGGCGUUUCCAACGUCAAUGCUUUGCAAACGAUACCAGAAGCGGAGGCUAUUCGUGCAGAAAACAUCCAUAUUUACGCUAUAGGUAUAGGCCUUGCAGAAACUACAGAACUCGACAAAAUUGCAUCAUCUCCAGCAAGCGCUAACAGUUUCACUGUGGAAGAUUUUAAUGAGCUUCAAGGCUUAAAACACACGAUAUUUGAAUCUUACUGUCCCGUAAAGUCCACAGAAACGAUUGUCGAUCGAAAGCCACCCGGUCGUUGCAAUACUGCUGAAUCAGACAUUGUGUUCGUUCUGGAUUCUUCAACUAGCGUUACUGAUGCAAACUUCAAGAAAAUAUUAGCUUUCAUGAAAGAUUUUCUGUCGGAUGCUAGUAUUGACUCGGGUAAUGUUCGAGUGGGGGCAGUGAUUUAUAGCACUGAUGUAGAGGUGCAGUUUCAUUUGAAUCGCUACAGUUCCAAGCGUGAUAUCCUCGAUGCUGUUGACAACAUUGCCUAUGUGUAUGGAAGCACAAAUACAUAUGGAGGUCUGCACACAGCCAGAACACAGAUGUUCACUGCAGAAAAUGGUGACAGAGCCGGUGUUCCUAACAUCAUUUUCCUCAUAACUGAUGGCGUUUCCAACGUCAAUGCUUUGCAAACGAUACCAGAAGCGGAGGCUAUUCGUGCAGAAAACAUCCAUAUUUACGCUAUAGGUAUAGGCCUUGCAGAAACUACAGAACUCGACAAAAUUGCAUCAUCUCCAGCAAGCGCUAACAGUUUCACUGUGGAAGAUUUUAAUGAGCUUCAAGGCUUAAAACACACGAUAUUUGAAUCUUACUGUCCCGUAAAGUCCACAGAAACGAUUGUCGAUCGAAAGCCACCCGGUCGUUGCAAUACUGCUGAAUCAGACAUUGUGUUCGUUCUGGAUUCUUCAACUAGCGUUACUGAUGCAAACUUCAAGAAAAUAUUAGCUUUCAUGAAAGAUUUUCUGUCGGAUGCUAGUAUUGACUCGGGGUAA